ACACAUAUUACUGCAGUCCGUAAAGAAAAAAAAAAAAAAAAUCUGAUAUGACCGAAGACGAAGCUGGGGCAGGAGUGACGAUGUUCUUCUUUGCCAUUAACUAUUUAUUAUUGCUAUAAUUUUGCUUCUUUGAUAUGUCUACGCUCUUCCUAUAGCCUUAGGCCCGUCUAGGGUUUGCGUUUCUUCGUCGUCAUUUCCUCGUUGCUUUGGAUUCGUGUGUAGUAGAGUUUUGAAAGAGUAGCUAAAAAGUUGUUUUUGUUAGAUCAGAAGUCGCGAAGGGAGCUCGCCGCAAAGGUAACAUAACAUCUUUCUACUCUUUUGCAAGCUUCGUCGGCUUAAUCCCUUAAAUACGCCAAAGUAUUAAAUCCGUAAUUUUAGGAAAAAUGGUGAAGGAAUGAGAUUUAAGUUUCUGUAGGAUUUAGGGGCUGUUUGGUAUCGGAUUUACAGCGGGGUUUAUGUCGGAUUUACGCUAAAUCCAGCCAAACAGUUUUUGUGCGCGCGUUAAAUCCCGUGAUUCGGUAAAUCCCGAAUUUACGGAUUUACGGCUUAAAUCUGGGAUUUAGUGAAGCCGAUGGGUAGCCGGAUUUAACGGGAUUUAACUUCGAGCGAUUCAUUUCGCGCGCCGCCCGUGUCGUCAACUGGAGAGCUCGCCCUAUUUCUACAAACAAACGCAUCAGGCUUCUUCACAACCGCCUCACUUGGGAUUUCAUCUUCACGAAGGUUCUUCGUUGGAGUCUGGUUGAGCGACAGGUAUUAUUAUUAUUUUUUUUUGGUGUAGAUCACAGUUGCAUAGUUGAGCAGUUUUUUUUUUUGCUGCAAAGUGCUGGAGUGGGAUUGUGGAAGAAACAUUUUCCUCAAUUUUUUCAUGAAAACUUCAAUUAUUUUGAGAAUCACACACAAAUGGCAAGAACACCAAAUAAUAACCAAACAAGAAAGAAGAGACAUUCACAUUACUGAUAAAAGAGCAGUACUCCACCAUAUUUCAUGAACAAAAAUGCAUCAGAUUAAAGUUGUCAUUGUUGCUGUUUGGAGGGAUUUAAGGUGCUUUUUCUUAGACACAUAUUCUUUUUCUCUUGCAUUUGGAUGCGGAUGCGAAAUGAAUGAACUCCCACGAAAAUUGCUUUAUGGGCAGCAGGAUGUAGAGUAGCUGAUUAAUGAUAGCUUUUUGGAAGUUUGCAAAGUUUCCGGUUGGGGUUGGCUCAAUCGAAUUAUGUGGACAAAUAUAUUCAGAGUUGGAGAAUUUCAAGUUAUUACAUGGUUUCAGUUUCUUCCUAGUGAUCCUGAUCCAACCUCUUUGAAUGACAAAAGUUCAAAAGCAGAGCAGAAAGAUGCUGCUACCUUCUCAGUGAUUUCAGCACACCUUAGGUUGCAGAAUGAUGGCUUUCUUAGCACUUGGACAAAUUCCUUUGUUGGCCCUUGGGAUCCUUCCCAGGGCGUCCACAACCCUGAUGAGAAAAUCAAACUUUGGUUGUUUAUUCCUGGACGCCAUUCUUCGUUAGUGGAACCUGCUCAAGCUGCAGUGUCAAAAUUGAGAGUUGUUGGACGUGGAGUGUGGUUAGCCCCUGGAGACUCUGAGGAGGUUGCCGUUGCACUGUCUCAAGCUUUCAGGAAUUCGAUUGAAAGAGCAUUCAGAGGGCUUUCUUAUGUGAGAUUUGGGGAUGUUUUUGCAAAAAGCCAUUCUGCAUCAAGUGGAAAAAGCUUCAGGAAAGCUCAUCCGACUUGUGAAUUCAUUUUUGCUGCAACUGAAGAAGCAAUUUAUAUACAUGUGAUUAUAUCUGCAAAGCAUCUUCGCAACCUCAAUGAUGAUGACAUAGAAAGAGUGUUAAAGCGUUCUUCUUCAAAUUCCGUUAGGAAAGGGCUGCCAGUUUUUGUUUCUCCCAAUGGAAUGAGAGGCAGGCUUACUGGAUGUUGUCCUACUGACCUUGUUAAGCAGGUCUACACCAGCAAACUGAAGGCCAAUAAUGAAAGCGCACAUGUUUUACCCUCUAUCUCUCGGUCCACAGGCUAUCAAUUGAGGGGCCAAAAUUGUUUUGUUGAAGUCACUCUUGGUUGUCCAUCUACAUCCAACAAAGAUGCUCAGGAGAGAAAACGUAACCAAGAAAUAACUUCUGUCACGCCCAAGUCUGAAGAGCCCUGCUUGGCCUCUUCUGGCAAAAACCAGCAAUUUGAUCCCUUUCCUAUACUUGAAAGGACAUUCAUUUAUCCUGCAGAGUCUGUGCUGGUUCCUGUUUUGCACAGAGCAUUUGCCAGAUCCUCCCUGAAAAGGUUCUUUCUGAAAAGUUGGACAGGAACAUCAUUUCAUGAGUUGUGGCCAUUUUGGAAUUUUCCAUCUUCAUCUCAGUUUUUACGUUGUGAGUUCUUAGAGGCAUUCGGGAUUGAUUUCAGUGGCACUGGACUGAAGCGAAAACAUAAUAGCAGUAGUAAUAAUAGUAGCUGUAGCAGCACCAGCAGCACUGGUAGCACGUCCAGCGGAAGCGAUCAUGCAGCUGGUAUUGUAACUGGUGACCUGGAAGCUGAUGCUGAUUCUUUAACCUCUAGGCAGUCUGGUUUAUCUUCUAAUGAUCAGUUUGAUAACGAUGGCAAGAAGAUGGUCUCUAAGCGUCUUCGCUCCAGUGUGACUGAUGUAUUUGGUCAAGCAGCUACAGUUGCAAGUGUGACUGCUCAAAAUGCAGCCAAAUCUGAGUUUAGUGUCGUUGAUGCAAAUAAUUCUGCUAUUGGUGGUUCGGCAAAUGUUCAAGUAGGUUCCAGUUGGGAUUGGGAUGAUGAUGACAGAGGAAUUGGCAUAGACAUCCAAUCACUUCUAGCAGAGUUUGGAGAUUUUGGUGACUUUUUUGAAAAUGAUGUUCUUGAUUUUGGUGAGCCUCCAGGAACUGCCGAGUCUCAAGUCAUUGUAUUUCCGUCUGUUGAUUGUGGAGAUAUCAGUGGUAGUCCUUGUACAGCUGGAAUUGAUAGUCCAGACCAGAGAAUAUCAGCUGUGGGUCUUACAUCUUUUGAAAACUACAACCAACCAUCUUCAACAUUUUCGGAGGAUACUGAUGGUACUAAGGAUGCUAAGUCAUCUGUUACCAUAACUCAUUCUUUGGAGUCAUCCAACGGAAAGUUUGACAAUUUGAUGAAAGCAGAAGCCAUGCUGACAUUUUCCCCAGAAUAUGCAGCAGUUGAAAUAUGUUCAAGUGAGUUCAGCAUCUCAAUUUUCAGAAACCCAUACUUACCAGGCUCUAAAAAGGUUGAAACCUCACUCGUGCCCUCUUGUGCUCAUGUUUAUGGUGCAACACCACCUUCUCCUUCUGUGUCCGAUAUGGAGGAAAGCUUUGAAAAAUCUUCUAAAUUAAAACCUGGUAUUGGGUUGUAUGCUGUAAGUUCUGGUCAGCUUGGGAAAUUAUACACACUUGUGAAAGGCGUGCCUAAGAAGAUUGACAGUAAAUUGUUCAAUGAUGUAAUGCCUUCACAUAAAGGACAAAAACCAUCAUCUCUUUCGGUAAUGAAGUCAUCUAGUGGAACUUCUGCUUUACAGAUAAACAAUGACAGUACAUUUGAGGCAGGUCAUUUUCUUCUCUCCCUGGAGACUCUGCUUGCAACUGAAAUUGAGUGCAUAAUAUUCCAGGUUGCUAUGUGCAGGAUUCGGCAUACUUUAUUAUCUUUUAACAGCAGACGUCCUAUUGGUUUGAAUAAACUGACUGGGGAUGCUAUGCUUGAUCUGAUUUCAUAUGACACUAACAGCUUGCCUGAUGUGAUUCCCAACAAGCAUGAAGCAAAGAAGAAAGAUAUGCUACCUGUCAGAAUUGCAGGUGAUGUUCAUAUUGGAAUGCUGGAUGCGCCUUUAACUUCAUCAGUUGGUGUUUGGCGUCCCGUUGGUGUCCCCAAAGGGACAAAGCCUUCUAAUACAUGUCUUCCUCAAAAUUCGCCAUCUUUGCCUCAUAAUUUGUCAAAUGAAGAAACCUUUGGUUUUCGUGGGCAAAGGCAACCUCUUCAGGAACUUCUUGAUGCAAUUGGCCUACUUGUUCAACAAUCUGCUUCUCUUGUUGAUGUUUCUCUUGAUAUGGAUGAUGUUGAUGGCUCCUAUUCUUGGCUUGCAUUAGAGGAGCAGCAGAGGCGAGGAUUUUCCUGCGGUCCCUCUAUGGUUCAUGCUGGAUGUGGUGGAAUCUUUGCUUCAUGCCACUAUGUCGACAUUGCUGGUAUUGAGUUGAUAGAUCCGCUGUCAGCUAAUGUUCAAGUUUCAAAUGUAAUCAGUUUGCUGCAGUCGGACAUCAAAUUAGGAUUGAAAUCUGCUUUUCCUAGUUCAGAAGGCCCUCUUUCCUUGACUGAAUGGUGCAGGGGUCGUCACCAAUUAGGUGAUUCAGGAGCAAGUGGAGAUGGUCAUCCUUUUCAAUAUACCAUUGGUGAGGUUAAAGAUCCUCUAAGCACGGUGUCUUUGGGAGGAGAGCCAAUAAGCCCACCGCAAUCAGGCUGUGUCUCUUCCUGCAUUAGAGAUGGUGUUAGAAUUGAUGAUUCUACUCAAAGAAGGUCAAAUCAAGAUAUCUGCGGCUCAGAGUCGGAUGCUCAGAAAUUUUCUUCUAGAUUCAAACCCACUCUAGCAGCUCUCUCGUUGCCGGCUUUACUUGUUGGUUACCAGGAUGAUUGGUUGAAAACGUCUGUUAAUUGUCUUCAACUUUGGGAGAAGGCUCCUCUGGAGCCUUAUGCCUCACCUAAACCUGUUUCCUAUUUUGCUCUAUGUCCUGAUAUUGAUCUCCUAACAUCUGCUGGUACUGAUUUUUUCCAGCAGUUAGGAACGGUUUAUGAGGCAUGCAAGCUUGGUUCUCAUACUCUUCAAAUCAAUGGAGGCUUAAUGGAAUCUUCAUCUGGAAAACUUUCUUCCUCUGGUCUUUUGCUUGUUAAUUGCCCACAAGAGCUAAAGGUUGCAAGCAGUAACAUGUUAUCUAUUAGUUCAAUAACUGAUUAUUUUGUUGCUCUUUCCAAGUGUUGGAAUGUGAAGGGUUAUCUCAACUCUGUUAAGAAGGUUCUAAAGGGUCUGAAACUUGCUGCAAAUCCAUCACCAAAUCAUAAGGAGCGCAAUGUUGGUCCUUGUAUGGUUGUGUAUGUUGUGUGCCCCUUCCCUGAGCCCACAGCAGUUUUGCAGACAGUGAUCGAGUGCUCUGCUGCUUUGGGUUCUGGCGUUCUAGCGCCAGACAAGGACAGGCAGUCUUUGCUGUACAACCAGGUUGCCAAGUCUCUUAUUUCCUCUGCUGCAGUGGAUGAAGCAUCAGCUUCAAAUGUUGUGAUGCUUUCAGGGUUUCGUAUUCCCAAACUAGUCCUGCAGAUCGUAACAGUGGAUUGCUUACUAAGAUUAAACAGGCCUUCCAAAGAGCUUGGAAUUUUUAAAGAGAUUGCAUUCACUGUAUACAACAAAAUUCGAAGAAUCCCAAGGACUGCUUCAGGUGCUGACAUUUUUCAGUCAUCAGCUAUCUCGGGUAGACCUCAAUCAACGUUGAUGCAUGUAACGUCUCCUAUUCCAGGCAUCUGGAAGGAUUGUCUUGCUCCUCGCAUAUCUGGACCAGCUCUUACUAGAGAGGCUGAGCUUGAUUCAUCUUUGAGGCCAGUUCCCUGGGAUAAUUCAUGGCAGACAAGGAUUGGAGGACUAAGCUCUGAUCCUCAUAGGUCUGUGGAGCUAUGUCUUCAAGAUGAUCCAAGAUAUGUUUUUGAGCCACUUUUUGUAUUGGCGGAACCCGGGUCAGUUGAGCAUGCCAUUUUUCCUGCUGUGCUUUACAACAACAUGCCAGAAUGUUCAAGCUCAAAAUCUUCUAUUGAAGAUAACAGUAGCAUAUAUGUACAAAGUUCAAGUACUGGAGGAGCUGCGGAGAUCGGCAAAGGUUCCUCGCAUGAUGGAUCAGAGCAUGACAAUAGGGCUGCAAAUCUUCAUUGUUCUUAUGGUUGGACUGAGGACUGGCGCUGGCUGAUCUGCGUCUGGACGGAUUCCAGGGGAGAGUUGCUUGAUUGCAGCAUUUUCCCCUUUGGUGGCAUUAGCAGCCGCCAAGACACAAAGGUUUUGCAAAACCUGUUUGUUCAAGUUCUUCACCACAGCUGUCAAAUACUAUCCAGUUCUUCCUUGGAUUCAGGUAGCAGGCUAAGGGAUAUAAUAAUUACCCGUAUUGGAUGUUACUUUGAGCUUGAAUGCCAAGAGUGGCAAAAAGCUAUUUAUUCUGUUGGUGGGAAUGAUGUCAAGAAGUGGCCUGUACAACUUAGACGGACUGCGCCGGAUGGUGUUUUAAACAAUAGUGGAGCUUCUCUCGAGCAACAAGAAAUAAGUCUGAUCCAAGAAAGGGCCCUGCCUUCUUCACCUAGUCCUUUGUAUAAUCCCCAUGCUAAGCCUAGCUUUAUUAAAGGUGGUCUUGGGCAAACUAAUGCCAAAAAGCAGAUCUUAGCCGGUCAGGCAGGAUUGGACAGCUCAAGGGGAUUACUACAGUUGGCAAGAAGCAUAAGUUUAGUCUCUGUUUCAAUGGAUCACACUCUGCAUCUAAUCCUUCCUUCAGACUUAUCUUCUUCGGGUGUUGGACAAAGCAACAGCAGCAGCUCAGGCAUCUCUAACUAUCUAGAGGGAUUCAGUCCUGUGAAGUCCCUUGGAUCAAUGCCAGGUUCCUAUCUCCUGAUUCCUUCUCCCAGCAUGCGCUUCCUACCACCUUCACCCCUACAGCUUCCGACAUGCUUGACGUCGGAGUCUCCGCCUCUCGCGCAUCUCCUACACAGUAAAGGCUCUGCAAUUCCACAGUCCACUGGAUUUGUAGUUUCCAAAUCAAUCCCAAACCCAAGGAAAGAUUUUGUUGAGCCCAUUAAAGAAGAUUGCCCUUCCAUUCUAUCUGUCGGCCUCGUCGAUCACUAUGGAGGUCAAGAAAAGUUGGCGGUGGCGGUCGGCCGUGGUGGUGGGAGCGCCAUGGCUGCUAAGCAAGGCAGGAGCUUAGGGCCGGAGCCUGUUUCAAGAGAUUAUGAGGUGGAAGCAAAUCUGGUCCUCGAGUCAGUAGCUGCAGAGCUACAUUCACUUUCAUGGAUGACUGUGAGCCCAUUAUACUUGGAGAGGCGCUCUGCUUUGCCUUUUCAUUGUGAUAUAUUACUGAGGCUCAGAAGGCUUUUGCAUUAUGCAGACAAAGAGUUCUCUAAGGCUUCUGAACAGUUAGAGCCAGCAGAUACAGAUUUGUGAGUAGUAGCUAGUCUUUUUAAUAACCAGAUUCACCUUUUGGCAUUCUUUCUGCUAAGAUUUUGGUUGUACACUUAGAUUUAGUGAUGGCUGGAGAUGGUUUGCUCUUUUUUUUUUCCCUUUCUCCUGGCCUAUUAGAUACUUGUAAAUAACUCCAAAUCGUUUGAUCUAAUUGAUUUAUAUAAAAUUCAACUGAUCUUGUAAUUACAUUCUUGUACUUUACAAUUUAUGUACAUAUAUUUUUUCUUUUGGUUAUUUUUUUAA